AUGGCGUCGAAAUUACACCAGAGACUCGACCGUUAUGUGUUUCACUGUGUUAGGAGAAAAAAGAUGAGUUUAAGAAUGUUUGAAAAUAUGAUCAAACGUUGCACAUCCUACAGAGCCCCUCCUGGCCUAGCACAUCCUACAGACCCCAUCAUCACAACACAUCCUACAGAGCCCCUCUCCUGGCCCACAGUACAUCCUACAGACCCCAUCAUCCUGGCCCACAGACAUCCUACAGAGCCCCCACCAUCCUGGCCCACAACACAUCCUACAGACCCCAUCAUCCUGGCCCAGCAUCCUACAGAGCCCACCAUCCUGGCCCCACAGUACAUCCUACAGAGCCCCACCAUCCUGGCCCACAGUACAUCCUACAGAGCCCCACCAUCUGUUGCACAUCCUACAGAGCCCAUCAUCCUGGCCCUACACAUCCUAGAGCCCCACCAUCCUGGCCCCGUACAUCCUACAGAGCCCAUCAUCCUGGCCCCACAGCACAUCCUAGAGCCCCCACCAUCCUGGCCCCUGCACAUCUACAGAGCCCAUCAUCCUGGCCCUAACACAUCCUACAGAGCCCCACCAUCCCUGCCCCAACACAUCCUAGAGCCCCACCAUCCCUGGCCCCAGCAUCCUACAGAGCCCCAUCCCCUGGCCCCUAGUACAUCCUACAGAGCCCAUCAUCCUGGCCCACACAACACAUCCUACAGAGCCCACCAUCCUGGCCCACAGUACAUCCUACAGAGCCCCCACCAUCCUGGCCCACAACACAUCCUACAGAGCCCCACCAUCCUGGCCCACAGUACAUCCUACAGAGCCCCACCAUCCUGGCCCACAACACAUCCUACAGAGCCCAUCAUCCUGGCCCACAACACAUCCCUGAGCCCCACCAUCCUGGCCCACAGUACAUCCUGCAGAGCCCCAUCAUCCUGGCCCCCAACACAUCCUACAGAGCCCAUCAUCCUGGCCCCAAACACAUCCUGA